CUUCUGUUAGAUCUUUGACUAUAAGCUGCUGACGAAAGGAGCAUCACCAUGGAUCUGUACAAAGCAGCUCUUCUUCUGGGAGCUCUGAUCUGCACUGUAAAUGGAGUUGAAGUGGUUGGCUACACCAAAACUGAAGGAGCAUGGAUCCUCUCACAGAAAGGACACUUCACUGUCAACACUGCAGCUGAGUGUGCAGCAAAAUGUGACUCUGAAAUAACGUUCACCUGCAGAUCUUUCAUGUAUACUGAAAAUGAUCGCGAGUGUUGGACAUCAGCCGCCAACUCUACAGUAGAGACAGUCCUUUCCAGAGAAGGCACAGUGCUGUAUGAAAAAUAUGAGGACUGUUUGGAGUGCAUUGGUGAGAACUACAGAGGACGAGUCUCCACAACAGAGAAUGGCUACACUUGCCAACGCUGGGAUUCUCAGACACCCCAUGAGCAUAACUACACAUCCCGCACUCAUCCAGGGAAGAAUCUAGUGAAGAACUACUGUAGAAACCCAAGCAGUAGCCCCCGGCCCUGGUGUUACACCACCAACCCCAACAAAAAAUGGGAUUACUGCUCUAUACCACGAUGCUUAACUGCACCUCCACCCAUUCGCCCGGAGCUCACCUGUAUAACAGGUAAAGGUCAAGCAUACCGAGGCCGAAUAUCUUUGACAAAGUCUGGAAAAACAUGCCAGAGAUGGUCCACUCAGACGCCACACCAACACGAUCGUACACCAGAAAACUACCAAUGCAAAGGCCUAGAAAGAAACUACUGUCGUAACCCGGACAAUUCUGACAAGCCUUGGUGUUACACCACUGACCCUGACUCUCAAUGGGAGUACUGCAAUAUACCAAUCUGUGGAGCUGCACAAGAGGACUGUUUUGAGUGCACUGGUGAGAACUACAGAGGACAAGUCACCACAACAGAGAAUGGCUACACUUGCCAACGUUGGGAUUCUCAGACGCCACAUGAGCAUAGUCGUACACCAGAAAACUACCCCUGCAAAGGCCUGGAAAGAAACUACUGUCGUAAUCCAGAUGCUGCUGACGAAAGGAGCAUCACCAUGGAUCUGUACAAAGCAGCUCUUCUUCUGGGAGCUCUGAUCUGCACUGUACAUGGAGUUGAAGUGGUUGGCUACACCAAAACUGAAGGAGCAUGGAUCCUCUCACAGAAAGGACACUUCACUGUCAACACUGCAGCUGAGUGUGCAGCAAAAUGUGACUCUGAAAUAACGUUCACCUGCAGAUCUUUCAUGUAUGUUGAAAACAAUCAUGAGUGUUGGACAUCAGCCGCCAACUCCACAGAAGAGACAGUCCUUCGUAAAAACGGCACAGCUUUGUAUGACAAAACAGAGGACUGUAUGGAGUGCAUUGGUGAGAACUACAGAGGAUGAGUCUCCUCAACAAUAAAUGGCUAUACUUGUCAACGCUGGGAUUCUCAGACGCCACAUGGGCAUGACUACAAACCCAUCUCUCAUCCAGGGAAGAAUCUGGAGGAGAACUACUGUCGAAACCCAAACAGUGACCCCCGGCCCUGGUGUUAUACCACCAACCCCAACAAACAAAGGGAAUUCUGCUCUAUACCCCGGUGCUCAACUAUACCUCCACCCAUUCGCCCAGAGCUCACCUGUAUAACAGGUAAAGGUGAAGCAUACAGAGGCACAAUAGCUGUGACACUGUCUGGAAAAACAUGCCAGAGAUGGUCCACUCAGACGCCACACCAACACGAUCAUACACCAGAUAUCUACCAAUGCAAAGGCCUCGAGAACAACUACUGUCGCAAUCCAGACAGUUCCGACAAGCCAUGGUGUUUCACCACUGACCGUCACACUCGAUGGGAGUACUGCAAUGUACCGAGCUGUGGAGCUGUACAAGAGGACUGUAUGGAGUGCAUUGGUGAGAACUACAGAGGACAAGUGUCUACAACAGAGAAUGGCUACACUUGCCAACGCUGGGAUUCUCAGAUGCCACAUGAGCAUGACUACAAACCCAGCGUUCACCCAGAGAAGAAUCUAGAGGAGAACUACUGUCGAAACCCAAGCAGUGACCCCCGGCCAUGGUGUUACACCACCAACCCCAACAAACGAUGGGAAUUUUGCUCCAUACCACAAUGCUCAACUAUACCUCCACCCAUUCGCCCAGAGCUCACCUGUAUAACAGGUAAAGGUGAAGCAUACAGAGGCACAAUAGCUGUGACACUGUCUGGAAAAACAUGCCAGAGAUGGUCCACUCAGACGCCACACCAACACAAUCGUUCACCAGACAUCUAUCAAUGCAAAGGCCUAGAAAGAAACUACUGUCGUAAUCCAGACAAUUCCGAAAAACCCUGGUGUUACACCACUGACCCUCAGACUCGAUGGGAGUACUGCAAUGUACCGAGCUGUGGAGCUGUACAAGAGGACUGUAUGGAGUGCAUUGGUGAGAACUACAGAGGACAAGUGUCUACAACACAGAAUGGCUACACUUGCCAACGCUGGGAUUCUCAGAUGCCACAUGAGCAUGGCUACAAACCCAGGGCUUAUCUUGGGAAGAAUCUAGAGGAGAACUACUGUCGAAACCCAAGCAGCGACCCCCAGCCCUGGUGUUACACCACCAACCCCAACAUACGAUGGGAAUUUUGCUCUAUACCACGAUGCUCAACUAUACCUCCACCCAUUCGCCCAGAGCUCACCUGUAUAACAGGUAAAGGUGAAGCAUACAGAGGCACAAUAGCUGUGACACUGUCUGGAAAAACAUGCCAGAGAUGGUCCACUCAGACGCCACACCAACACAAUCGUUCACCAGACAUCUAUCAAUGCAAAGGCCUAGAAAGAAACUACUGUCGUAAUCCAGACAAUUCCGAAAAACCCUGGUGUUACACCACUGACCCUCAGACUCGAUGGGAGUACUGCAAUGUACCGAGCUGUGGAGCUGUACAAGAGGACUGUAUGGAGUGCAUUGGUGAGAACUACAAAGGACAAGUGUCUACAACACAGAAUGGCUACACUUGCCAACGCUGGGAUUCUCAGAUGCCACAUGAGCAUGGCUACAAACCCAGCGCUCAUCCAGGGAAGAAUCUAGUGGAGAACUACUGUCGAAACCCAAGCAGUGACCCCCGGCCCUGGUGUUACACCACCAACCCCAGCAUACGAUGGGAAUUCUGCUCUAUACCACAAUGCUCAACUAUACCUCCACCCAUUCGCCCAGAGCUCACCUGUAUAACAGGUAAAGGUGAAGCAUACAGAGGCACAAUAGCUGUGACACUGUCUGGAAAAACAUGCCAGAGAUGGUCCACUCAGACGCCACACCAACACGAUCGUACACCAGACAUCUACCAAUGCAAAGGCCUAGAAAACAACUACUGUCGUAACCCAGACAAUUCUGACAAGCCCUGGUGUUACACCACUGACCCUCAGACUAGAUGGGACUACUGCAAUGUACCAAGCUGUUCACACAGACCAGUGACCUAAGGAGGAAUCUGUGCAGGAAUGCAACAUUGCUCUCUGGUGUCUAACUACGUACCCAAAACCUCUCUGGAAGUACUGCAAGCAAAGAGGUUUUCCAUUGUAACAUACAAGAAGACCAAAAAUGCUUGGUUACUGUUACUGUCUCUUGUCGCAAGGCUCAUUCUUUUUUGAAACAGUUGAAAAUAAUAUUAUGAUUAGGCUAAGUUUUUAUAAAGUAUAUUUAAUUGAGUUGGUUCUUUGAUAAACAUAUUUUUCCAAAACUUGGCCUGUGUGAAAGAAUAAAGACAAAAUUAAAGUAGGACAUAGGUCUGAACAAUAUUGUAACAGACAUCGCAGUGUUUUUUUCUCUCUGUGAUAUUUAUUUUAAUUAAAAAUAAAUAUCACAGAGAGAAAAAAUACACUCUUUUUUAUUUCAUCCUUAUGUCAUUGUUGGAUUUGACAUAUCACUGUACAGCCUCUGACUGCGUCUCAAACACAGACACAUAGAGUAUGAGGAAAAGACGAGAGAGAGGUGGACUCUUUUCUUCAUAAAAAUUAAAAAUAAAGUUGCAACUGUGUUCCUUAAA